CAUGGUGGAGGGAGGGGUUCACAAAGCUGAAGCUACAGACUACAUAGAGUGCUUAACUACAACAUGGGAGCAGCCUUUUAUCAUGCGCCUUGCCUUGUCUGCUGGCAUUGGAGGUCUUCUCUUUGGCUAUGACACAGGAGUUAUCUCUGGUGCACUUCUUUACAUUCGAGAUGACUUUCCAUCUGUUGACAAGAAAACAAUUUUACAGGGAAUGAUCGUGAGCAUGGCAGUAGCUGGAGCAAUAUUUGGUGCUAGAAUUGGUGGAUGGAUGAAUGAUAGGUUUGGAAGAAAAACGUCAAUUUUGGGAACAGACAUUUUGUUCUUUGUUGGUGCAAUAAUCAUGCCUUUUGCACCUGGUCCUGGAGUUAUAAUCUUGGGAAGAUUUUUUGUUGGGUUGGGAGUUGGAAUGGCUUCCAUGACUGCACCUCUUUACAUUUCAGAAGCUUCUCCUGCUAGAAUUAGAGGGGCUCUUGUUAGCAUGAAUGGUUUGUUGAUUACAGGAGGACAAUUUUUGUCAUACCUUAUAAAUCUCGCCUUCACAAGGGUCGAUGGAACUUGGCGUUGGAUGCUUGGAGUGGCAGCAAUUCCAGCUCUGAUUCAAUUUGUAUUGAUGUUGUCCCUUCCAGAGUCCCCUAGGUGGCUCUCCAGACAGUACAGAAAAGAUGAAGCCAUAGACGUUUUGAGGAAACUAUAUCCUGAAGAUGAAGUUCACGACGAAGUGGAGGCAUUACGAGCAUCUAUUGAAAAUGAAAUAGCUCAGGAGAGUAGCGUUGGUGAUGGUAACCUAUUCAGUAAAAUUGGUGGAGCAUGGGGUAAUGUGGUUGUCCGUAGAGGGCUUAUUGCUGGUGUUGGGUUGCAAGUGGCUCAACAGUUUGUUGGAAUCAACACCUCAGAUGCAUCAACUUGGAAUUGUAUGACUUGCUUGAAAGGAUCUAUAGACUGUGCAUUCUGUGCUAGCGGAGGCAAUAAUCUUCAAUCUGGUGCAUGUUUGGCUUCAAAUGGUGGAACAAAGAGUUCAUGCCAAGGCAAAUAUGGUGGUGUAUGGUUCACAACAGGAUGUCCAAGCAGAUUUGGACUCUUGGCAUUAGUGGGCUUGGGGCUCUACAUUAUCUGUUAUGCACCUGGGAUGGGAACUCUCCCUUGGGUUGUAAACUCAGAGAUAUACCCAUUGAGAUAUAGAGGAUUUUGCGGAGGCAUUGCCGCUGUUGCUAACUGGGUAUCAAACCUCAUUGUUAGUAUAACAUUCUUGUCUUUAACUCAAGCUCUAGGCUCGGCCUACACGUUUCUCCUGUUUUGUGGUUUUGCUUUCUUGAGUCUAGUGUUCGUCUACUUCAAUGUACCAGAGACCAAAGGUCUGCAAUUUGAGGAGGUUGAGAAAUUGCUAAAGAGAGGUUUCAAGCCUUGGCCUUUCAACAAAGCAUCAGAUGGAGAAAGAAACUCACUUGAGAUGAAACCAGGCAAGUGAAUAAAUAGUACU